AGAAUACUAAGAGUUCGCGGACGGAUCUCGCGAGAGCAGUAGAGGGCGGAAGCACAGCCUGUGCAGGAUGCGGUUCCUGGUUGCGUUGGUCCUGCUGAGCGUCGCAGCGACGGUUUCCUUACCAGUAGAAAAGUCCGACAAGUUAAAGCCACAGGCCACGGGCAAGGGCCCUGACGAGGGGCUCCAGCCGCAGGCCGCGGGAGAGGACCCUAAGAAGGAAAAGUCCGAGCCUCAGACCACGGGAGAGGAUCCUAAGAAGGACAAGCCCGAGCCUCAGACCACGGGAGAGGAUCCUAAGAAGGACAAGCCCGAGCCUCAGACCACGGGAGAGGAUCCUAAGAAGGACAAGCCCGAGCCUCAGACCACGGGAGAGGAUCCUAAGAAGGACAAGCCCGAGCCUCAGACCACGGGAGAGGAUCCUAAGAAGGACAAGCCCGAGCCUCAGACCACGGGAGAAGACCCUAACAAGAAGAAGCCCGAGCCUCAGACCACGGGAGAGGACCCUAAGAAGGAAAAGCCCGAGCCUCAGACCACGGAAGAGGACUCUGACAAGAAGCUCCAGACGCAGUCCUCAGGAGAGGACCCUAAGAAGGAAAAGCCCGAGCCUCAGACCACAGGAGAGGACCCUAAGAAGGAAAAGCCGGAGCCUCAUACCACGGAAGAGGACUCUAACAAGGAGAAGCCCCAGACGCAGUCCUCAGGAGAGGACCCUAAGAAGGAAAAGCCUGAGCCUCAGACCACGGGAGAGGACCCUAAGAAGGAAAAGCCCGAGCCUCAGACCACGGGAGAGGAUCCUAAGAAGGACAAGCCCGAGCCUCAGACCACGGGAGAAGACCCUAACAAGAAGAAGCCCGAGCCUCAGACCACGGGAGAGGACCCUAAGAAGGAAAAGCCCGAGCCUCAGACCACAGGAGAGGACCCUAAGAAGGAAAAGCCGGAGCCUCAUACCACGGAAGAGGACUCUAACAAGGAGAAGCCCCAGACGCAGUCCUCAGGAGAGGACCCUAAGAAGGAAAAGCCUGAGCCUCAGACCACGGGAGAGGACCCUAAGAAGGAAAAGCCCGAGCCUCAGACCACCGGAGAGGACCCUAACAAGAAGAAAACCCAGACACAGCCCGCAGGAGAGGACCCUAACACUGAAAAGCCUGAGCUGCAGUCCACAGGAGAUGGCCCUAAAGAGGAGAAGCCUGAGCCACAGUCCAAAGGAGACAGCCCUGAUAAGCUGGUCUCUAACCCAUUGUCUGCUAACAAGGAGCCUACCAAGCUUGACUUAAACAUACCAGCUGGCAAAGAUACCUCUCUGCAUGCUUUUAGAAGUGAAUCUGGGGAGAGAGAAUUACUAGACUCUGACUCCACUUCUCCACAGCAGGAGAAAGAUGGCAAGUCUUCAGAGCUUACAGAUGUGGAGGCCAAGAAGGCUGAGGAAGGGGAGACAGAACCUGAAAAUUCACCACCUGAAGGAGAGAAAGAAAUGCCUGGCCUUGCCUCCAGUGAGAACCAUGAGGGGACACUUUCAGAUUCCAUGAAUAGGGAGAAUGAUGACCUUUUUAAGGACAAUCUUGGAAGUGCUAGUGCAGAGAGCAGCCACUUCUUUGCCUAUCUGGUGACUGCAGCCAUUCUUGUUGCUGUGCUCUACAUUGCCUAUCACAACAAACGGAAGAUUAUUGCUUUUGUCCUAGAAGGAAAAAGAUCUAAAGUCACUCGGCGCCCAAAGGCCAGUGAUUACCAGCGUUUGGACCAGAAGAUUUGAUUUUCCAUUCUUGAGAACUUUGUCCUCCCUGCUGAUUUGUUUUUAAAUGGAGAUAAAUGAAGAAAAAAGUACUGUGACCUAAGAGACACCCCCUCCUCUAGGAUUUGGUGGCAAGUCUGGGCUGGCAGAGGCAAGGGGAUUGCUUUGAUUUUUGCACCUGCACUUUGGUGACCUUGUACUCCUGUGUCCCCAUUAUCUCUGCUCGUGUCUUCCAUCCUUUCCUCCUCUGAGUGUGAGUAGAGGGAGUAUGUGGGAAGCCAACUGUGACCAAAGGGAGCUCAGCCCCAGGCAGGCUACUGCUGCUGACUGCGUUCCCUUGGGUCUUGGCCAUUUAGUAGUUAUCCCUUGAAAAUAGCAUUGUGCCCACUACUAUCUUUGUAGACCUAGGAAAACUCUCUGCAGGAUGAGAUGCUCUUGUACCAAGGCCACUUACUUGGGGGGGUUGUGCCCUUUACAAAAGAUGAAGAGGUGAAUGAUGACAGGCAAAGGGUGACUUUAACACAUAACUCUCUUGAGAGGCUCUAGCAGCAAACCAAAACAGCUUUUAAAAAGUGCUUUAUUGCCUGUUAAGUCCAACAUGUCUAGAGUAAGUUCGUCACGUUUUUCCAAUAUUUUCGUAUUAAGACAAAGUCAACUUCCAUUUGGUUGUACUGACUGAACUUGGGGAUUCUGGAAGUAAGGCUGUAAAGCCAUGGUUCCCGUUAUAGAUUUUUAAAAAUAUAGUUAUAAUUAUUGAAAUGCUUUGUUCUUCUAUACUCACAAUAGUAACAAAUUUUUUAAAAUAGGGUGAGCUCAGGCUUUGCAUAAGAAGAUGUGCAGGAGGGUUUCGGUUUUGAUAUGCAUUAUUUCAAAGGGCUUUUAUGAAAGGUUUCCCAUAAACUCUGCUUUGCCUUUGUUGCCUAAACUAGACAAAACAGACCUGUAAUCAGAAACUAACUGUACUGUCUUUUACCUUAAUCUAGUUAAUGGUUCUCUGAUUGAUACAAAAUGCCAAGGGUAAUUCGUAAAAUUUCUCCUUCUAGCCCAUAUCAGACAUUACUAAAAUUUAAGAAAUUCAGGGGUAACUGAGGUAGUGUCUUGGAUCCUGCUGUGGUUUGAAGUUUUCCUUAGAUCUGCUCUAGUUGUGCUACCCCAUAGUAGCCUAGAGAGAGUUGUUUCUGCAGAGAAAAAUUGGAAAUCGAAUAGCUGAUCUCAGGGAAAUACAAAGAAUGUGGAAAGUGAUGGCAGUAGGAUGAAUUCUGUGCUGUCGAGGAAGCCGGUCUGCAGAAGGGACCAGCCUUUUGUCACAUUAUCUUGCACCUUGCUUAAAACAGAGCAUGGCUUUGACUUGAGAUUUAUGGAGAUAAGGAAGGAAUGAAUGCUCUUGCAUCAUUCUCUCUGCCUGUGCACCAACCUUAAAAUGCUUUCCUCUCUCUAGGGAAUCUUCUGUCAGGUUCUCCUAGCAUUCCAUAAGACCAUGGAUCCCCCUGUCUACCUCUCAUGGCUUAGAGAAGCAAGCUUUUAUGACUCUGGUGUUCAGGACUGUGUAGAUCUGCAUACUCUCCAGGCCAAAGGCUCCUCUGGGCAGUCCCAUGUAGGCUUCUGUGCCUUUUUGUUCUUGCUGUGUCCUCCAUUCCCUGGCUUCCCCUGGCUGUUCUUUGCUUAGGGUGCACUCCCUUCUAUUCUUCCGCUUGUCUCCCCCAACUCUUCCUUCAGGGCCCAGCUCAGAUUUUCCCACGCACCUUCCUCACUGCCCCCACUACAGAGGAUUGGCUCUUUCCAUUCUACUCUAAGAACUCUUAAUAAUGCCAGUCACAAAUUUUGCAACUCCAACAAAAAAGGGCAGACAUUAUCUGAUGUCUCUAUCUGGUCUCUUCCCCCCAAAACUAAGCUGUUUGCAGGAGUGCUUCUGGCACCGUCUGCAUAUCUGCCUACAGGAUAAUGACGUUCCCUGGUAUUUCAGUUCAGUGUCUCCUUGCAAAGGACACAUUUUCUUUGUUUAGGACAUAUGAAUGUAACUUAAGUAAGGUCUCACACAGCUCUUCCUGGCUACUGGUUGCUGUCCCUUUUUGAUGGAUUUUGCUUGUAAGGAGAACAGAAAGGUUGGUUUCAGGAACCAAGAGGGUUGGCACCAAGUGGAUGCAAAAUAAGUAUUCUGUGGAGUCUACAUAGUUCCAUUUUUUGAGCAUCCAAGAAGUAUUGUUUCUCGUGCUAAGAGUACGAUUGAAUUUAAGUUUCACUUUAGAAAUUACACUGAAGGAACUCUCUCACCCCGGUGGAAAACUUGUUUCCUCAGGAGUUGUCCUUUUGAAGAUGAACUCUUGGAAGCAUGUUUUUCUAGGGAUGAUGUGGAGGAGGAUGAACUGGCUAAGGCAGGUCUUUCAAGCUGGUGAGGGGAGGGGAGGCACAUGGAGCCAUGAGAGGCACCCCUAUCCAGACAGCUACGUGCUUGCUUUCCUGCCCCAGCUUUUGGUUGCAGGGUGAUUUCUAUGAGGAGGAAUCUAUGCUUUAGUCAUGGAUGUCAAUAGACGGAUUUGUUUUCCUGCUACAGAUUACUGAGAGGAAUUAAAGAAUCCACUUCUGGACUCGGGGGGAGUGAAGGCCUGUCCAUGUAGAAAGGCUGUAACAACUCGGAAAGACUGGACAACUAGCUAUAUAAAUGCUGACAUUUCUUUUCCCGUGAUGGCUUUUAAUGAAACAUUUGGUGAUAGAAUUAUAAACCUCUUUAAUUCCCCUGAUGGUGAUUCUUUUUUUUUUUCCUCUACUUCAUGUCAUUUAAAUCAAAAAAAGGAAGCCUGCUCCUUGUUUUUACAGGGUAACUUGAUAUAUAAUGCUGUUAUGUGUAUGUGAUGAAAGCUAGCACGCUUUGCACAUGUUCUGUAUCAUUUGAACAGGGAGGAGAGUAUUUUAGACACCAGACACCAGACCCUUUAGUUCUAUCAGCUGUUUUCUGAAAACUCUUGCUGGGAAGGUUGUCUUUGACACUGCCUUGCUUAAGGAAGAAUCCUGGGAAGAGAUUUUUCAGGUUUCAUUUAACUGCUCAUCCAGAGAAAGACUGAAUCUUAGCUCAGCUAGUCCCACAAGUAACCGUGUGAAUUUCCUAAAUGUCCCUGUUGAGAAACUCCUCUGUAAAGGUGUUAGAUCUGAGCUGUGUAGUUUCAAGCUGCCAAAAAGCCAGCUUCCUCACACUCAUAGAUACUCCUUUAGUUCAGAAUUUUCUCAUGUUAAAUAAAUGACUGAAGUUGUUUCCCUUUUUGUUUA